AAAUAUUUUAUACAUAAAAGAAGCCCAUUACAGCCAUUAGGCCCAAUUCGUGAUCUAUCAUCUACUCAAUCUCUAACCCUAAUAUCUCCAAUCUUCAUCUCCGUCGAUCUCCAUUGAUCUCUAACACUAAAAUUCUACUACUCUUCACUUUCUACAGCUUAGGAAGAGUUCUCGACAAGCUGAUUCUUCGAGUUCUCGACAAGUUUCAGUGUUUUUGUUUCCGGGUCACAGAGAACAAAGGCAAUUUACAAUAAUGGCAGAGACUAAACAACCACUGAUCGGUCUUAAAUGGGAACCAAAGCUUCCAGGCUUAUCCUUAGACUUGAAAACUGGUUCAACCAGAAGCAAAACAGCUGAGAGUUCUAAGUCAGAGCUUGUUGAUGGUCUUUGUCUUCCACCUAAUGAUCCAAGGAAGAUUAACAAGAUGAUUAGAAAACAACUCAAAGACACUACUGGUUCUAACUGGUUUGAUAUGCCUGCUCCAACAAUGACUCCUGAGUUGAAAAGAGAUCUUCAGUUGCUUAAGUUGAGAACUGUAAUGGAUCCUGCUCUACACUACAAGAAAUCUGUGUCACGGUCUAAACUAGCUGAAAAAUAUUUCCAGAUUGGUACAGUAAUUGAACCAGCUGAAGAGUUUUAUGGGAGAUUGACAAAGAAGAAUAGAAAAGCAACUCUUGCUGAUGAGUUGGUUUCAGAUCCUAAAACUGCUCUCUACAGGAAGCGUAAAGUUAGGGAGAUUGAGGAGAAGAGUAGAGCUGUUACGAAUAAGAAAUGGAAUAAAAAGGGAAACCAGUCUAAGAACACAAAGCCAAGAAGGAACUGAAUUAUUUUUGUUAAGAGUAUGAUCAUAGUUUUGGGACACAUUUUUUCUAUUUUUAAUAGAAUAUGGUCAUAGUAUUGGAUACACUUUCUUGCGGUGAUAUAGGUUGUAAUGACUCUUGUUGUUUAUGGCCUUUGUUUAAAGGAUUUUGUGUUAUUGGUUACACCUUUGAUAACUGUAAUAACUCUUGUUGUUUAUGGUGCUUAUGUUAUGUAUAUCCAAAACCAAACCUUGUCUAGAGCUACUAGGUGGGAAACUUGUUUCAGCAAGACUGAAAUUGAGUCCUAGUUUACACCUUUUGCAGAAUUGCAGGGUCCAACCACGAGAGCAUCGAGUUUUAUACUUUCAGUUGUAAUGAGGAGGCUAAGAGUAUUGCUGCAGCUGCUUCGAGCAGGGGAAAGAUUGAGGUCAGUUGUUUGAAUUUUUGUUUUCGCUCGGCGUUGUUCUAUGAUAUUAUAUCAGCUCUUUGGAAUUAAGAAGAUGAAUUGUGUGUGUAGGAUUUAAAUCUAUG